AGUUUCACCACACGAAACCUAAGCGAGAAGCCGAUGGCAAGCACCGAUGAUCCGAAGAACGAGCCGUCGUCCUCUUGGUCCAUUUUUAAUUGGAACAAUAAAGUGGAGCCGGAGGUCGAGCAACCGAGAAUGAGAAGCACCCAAGAGAUCCUCACAAAAUAUAAAUUCAACGGGGAUGCUGCCACGGCAGCGGCGCACGCAAAGGAUAAGCUCAUGGAGCGGCAGGAGAAACUCGCGAAAAUGGUCGAAGAAUCCGCAGAGUUUGAGAGCGAGGCGGAAAACUUUGCCACCCUCGGUCAGCAGAUCAGGAAAUCCCUGGAGACCAAGAGAUGGUGGUGGCCAUCGUGAUUCAUAAACCAAUCAUCUGGUCUUCGAGCGUGUGAUGUAGUGUCAAAAACGCCUUAUAUAUUAUGAAACGGAGGGAGUAAUACCAAUGCGUUUAGCAUGCCUGGCUGCUGCACUGGUCUGCGCGUGUUAAAUGAAACGAGAGCAAGACGUUGCCUUUUAGCAACAAGUGGGAAUGAUUGUGGACGGAUACAUGUA